AUGUCACGCUCUGCCCCGCCUCCCACGCACCAGGAGGUCACCCGGAAGCUCUCUGUCCACUCCAAGCCUCCUCCCAAGAAAUCUGCCACGCCGGGCCCUGUCUCUGGCACAGAAUCCGAUUCAGACUCGGUCUUCUCCCCCGAGGCCUCGUCUGCCCUCGCCGCCGCAGCAAGUGGCGCAGGCCUCGCCACCAGCCCGUCCCAGCAGCCACACCUCUCGUCCAUCGCCGAACGGCACUCCGCCAGCGGCGAGGAGUCUGACGAGGAUGACGAGGAUGAGCCAGACUGGAGGGCCUCUGCCGCCGCCGCCAAGGAGCGCGGGUCCCUCGAUGAGACCGUGCUGAUGACAGGCUACCUCUGGAAGAAGGGCGAACGGCGCAAAGUAUACCCUGCAUCCCUGAACCAUUCUCCCCGCCCCCGCUCCCCCGCGCAGACCUGGAAGAAACGCUGGUUCGUGCUCCGCCCCGCCCACCUCGCGUUCUACAAGACGUCGGCAGAAUACAAGCUGCUGCGGCUCCUCGACCUGACCGAGGUGCACGCGUGCACGCCCGUCGUCCUCAAGAAGCACGCGAAUACAUUCGGGCUCGUCUCCCCUACGCGCACGUUCUACCUCCAGGCCGAGGCGCCGCGCGAGGUGCAGGCCUGGGUGGUGGCAAUCAACGACGCGCGCACUGCCCUCCUCGCGACGUCCACGCAAAACUCCGCCACCGCUCCCGUCCCAAUCCCCCCGGGGAGUGCGGCGCGCAACACGCCCCGCGCAGGCUCACAAUCUCCCCACGCAAACCCUCUCACGUCGUCCGACUCGGACGACGCGUCCCCCGCAGCAGCGACGACUGCCCGCAACGAGGCCUCGCCGUCGAAGCAGGCCGGCGCCCCGCACGGGCUGAAGGUCGUUCUCUCGGGAUACCUCAUGAAGUGUGGUUCCCGGCGGCACAAUUGGCACAAGCGCUGGUUUGUGCUCAGCGGAGAGAAGCUCGUCUACUCCCGGAGCCACAUGGACACGAAGCCGCACCGCGAGAUACCACUGUCGCUGAUUCUGGACGCCCUCGAGUAUGAUCUGCCGGCACACCGGCAUAUGCCCAGCGCGGCCCCGCCGCCGGGGGUGUCGCCGCCGCAUGCGCCGCACGCGGGGGGCGACGAGGGCGACGGGGCGCACGGGCGGUACACGUUCAAAGUCGUGACGACGAAGCGGACGCUGUUGCUAUGUGCACCAAGCGAGGAGGAGGAGAUCAAGUGGCUGAGUGCCGUGCGUGCGCUUAUCGCGCGCCGAUCGGGGCAAGGCGUCGUGCCAGGGGAUGCGGCGCCUGCGGGGAAGGCGAUGGCAUCUGCAGGAGGUCCGAGCUCGGAGGUGCAGGGAAGCGCGGGGGGUGUGUCCCCAUUCCCUGGGAGCUCGGGCGGUGGUGGGGCUGCGAGCUCGAAUUCGAGCACGAGCGUGGGGGCGGGAGCGGGAGCGGGGAGGCGGCGGGACUCGUUUGCGCGACGGCUGAGCAUGAGCGGGGGCGCGACGCUGGCGACGACGGUCCCGUCGACGACGAUGCAGGAAGCGAGCGGUAUCUGA